UGCGGCAGAAGUAGCUGCUAUGUACGCGUGCGUGCGUUUUGUUGAGGAAAUUGCCAAUAAUCAAUUGUAUAUCAUCCCAGUUAAAGAUAUCUUAAACUUUAACCCCAAGGAUGAGUCAGACUUUGACAACCGCACAACAUACAAUGCGUAUUGGCGUGAUACAUCUGAUGAAGAGAACAGCGGCCAAUAUGUUGUGCAAAUCCUGAAACUUGCAGCAUCAAAAAAGGAGAUGCAGCGGCAAUUGGAGCUGAAGCGGCCUCAAAUACCAAAGCUUAAUCUGUCGGAUGUUGAUUCAGAAGGGGAGGAGGAGCAGGCAGCAAAAAAAACGGCAAGACAGGAAUUGAAAAAACAUAAACAAACAAAGGCCGCUGCUAGGAAACAGCAGUACUCAAGUAUUCUAUCCCAAUAUACGCAGCACAUGGCUCACAAUGUUGCUGAUGCAAGUCGGCUGGAACCUGCAAAGCUUCCUGCUCCAGGCAGUGGUGCCACAUUUGAAAGAGGAGCACGGCCAAAGUCAAAACCUUCAGGAGCUCCUGCCAGGAAGAAAAGGGCCACAUUUGCAGCCACGGAGUCAGAGUCAAGCUCCGACUCUGAUGAGGCAUUAGUUCCAGCAAGUCAGCUGAAAAGUGCAUUGAAAGAAGUUCAGUACUGGAAGAUGCAGGUUAAAGAAGAGCGCAAACACAGUGCUGCUCUUAAAGAGCAAGUGGACUUUCUGCAAGCUCAAGUUGUGAGCCGGCUGACAUGUGUUCAGGAAACAUUGGACACCAUGAGGACGGAAGCAGGAGCUGGAGGGGGUUUGCAGAUGCCUCCAGGUCAAGGGCUUCCUCAGUGUGAUGACAGCGGAAAAGACGCAUGCAUCACAACUGGGGAGCCCAGUUGCCCAGAGCUCAUGGUGCCAUCUGGCGAAAGUCCAGAGCAUGUCACAGGUUCGGAAAGCUCUUCAAAGGAGUGUGCAACUGCGCAUGUAUUUCCAUCAUUCUCAACAACUCCUGAUGGACGUUUCCACCUCUGCAACGGCAUUUUUGUUACUGCCCUACAAGCUGCAAAGCUUUUCAAUAAUAAGAAGCCGUCAAUUCUUGUGCGGGAAGCCGCACAAGUAAUUUGGGGUGUUGAGACCCUGUCGCAGCGCUCAAUAAGCGGUAGACUGGGACCCACCAGACACGGUGAAGGCGAACCAUGCAAACAAUUAUCUCCUGAUAAGUUGGACGCUGUGUAUGCAUGCCUGUCCCACUGGGGGGAAAAACACAGUGUUGACACCUCAGUGGCAUCAGAAAAAGUGCUGCGCACUUUGAGCGAAAAAAUCCAAGAUGUAAAAAAAAAGCUGCGCAUUUGAAAUUACGACGUUGGCCUAACAAAAGGCCCACGAGGAAAGUUGCAAUAAAGUGUUUCCUGUUUUACAAUCUGACCUUUUCUUUACUGUGUACCUGAGCUGAUCAGAAAUUUCAGUGAAGGUACUCCAAUAGUGAGUCACGCAGAUCAACCAGCUGUAAGCUCUGCAUUUUUGUUGAAGUAUUGAUCAAUCUGUGUACUUUUGUACCAGGAGUUAGAUAUAUAUGGUUAUAGGCUAAUAUUGCCCUAUUGGUUUAGCCAGAAACAUCUUGCUAACAAUAAUGUAGGCCUUAUUCCAAUUCAAAAGACAUUUUGCUGUGGGAGUGGUUUACAUUUAGCUGGAACUCUCAAAUGUUGGAUGUUCAGCUGGAAAUGGCACAUUUUACAGUUGGAACCCAGCUAGAAAUAAAUAUUCCAACUGGAAAAGUUGUCAUUUCCAGCUGGAACUGGUAGGCAUUCCAACUGGAAAUUGGCAAAUUUUCCAGUUGGAAUCCAGCUAGAAAUAAAUAUU